AUGAAAAAACUAUAUGGAAUAGCUACUGAUUUAGUGAUCGAAAUUUUGCGACGCAAACUAUUGGUCGCUAUUCGAUCGCUAAAUAAAAAAGUGAAACCAAAUCAUAUUUCGGUGGCUAAAUCGAUCGCUAAUUGCGACCGAAUUAAAGUGGUUGCUAAAUUGGUUGCUAAUUGCGACCGAAUUAAAUCGAAAGAAGUAACAGGAAAAACUAAUCUUCAUUCUUAUUUGUGUUCCUCAGAAGACUCCAGAGUGCAGAAGUAG